AUGGCAAGCGUGGCCGAGCUCCAAGACGCGUUCGUCGCGGGCGACCUCCAGACCGCACUGGAUGGAAGCCGCGCGUGGCUCACUGCGUCGCUGCAUCUCAACCCCGACCUCGUCGCAGCCUCAUCGUCGCUCAACCUUCUCUGCGCUGACAUUAACGUCGGUCUCGAUGCGCCACCGAUGGACGAAGACCUCGAGGCCACCAUCGCCAUCUUCAUGCAGUCCAUUUUCGAGCUCAACACAGCCAACGAACUUCUCUCGCUUGCUGACGUUCUGCGCAUCACGUCGCCCAUUCCAUGCGAGCUCGGGCUCAUCUGGGCCUCGUUUCUCGCGGCCAUGUCCGAGACUGCCGAAGCCAAUACGUUCUUGACGCGAACCCUCGAGACGCUGCGGGCGGGCAUGCAGGCGGACCCUUCUCGGGUCGAGGAGCUUACUGCGUUGUAUGAGACUGCGUAUGAAAUCCUCGUCUCCAAAGUCUUCCUGGCCAACGCGUCCUGCGAUGCGCGCACGAUCCUGCGGCAGAUCGAUGCCGACAAGGUGCUGCGCAGCAGUGCCAAGGCGUCUCUUGGCGAGCUUCUGGAAUCGAUCGAGGUACCGGCGGCAGCGCCAGUGGCAACCUCAACGACACCAUCGAAAACAAACAACGCGCCUCGCCCGUUGCCAGGGCGGACGCCCGCCGCUUCGCACUCUGUGCUGACCGACACGUCAACGCAAAUCAUGAUCGGCGCUGUUGCCGUCGCGGCCGUGUGUGCGAUCAAGUACCGGUCGCAGCUCCAAGCGUCGGCCUACGACGUCCUGCAAGCGCUUGGUGAUAUCAAGGGCAUGCUGCUUGGGUAA